UUGGACCAGAGUUCCCAGCUGGCUUCUUCUGAUGCCUCCCAGUCUCAACCCGAAGCUUCAGCACCGGAUGCAUACUGGGCUCCUGGUGGCUCUGAUUACUCAACGAACCCUCCUGAAUCCACACAUUUGCUCAGUGAAAAUCUACCGAGCCCUGAGUUGGAGGAUCUGGAUUCCUAUAACCCGAUCGAGCCCCCGCCACUGGACUGGAGGUCCGACUCCUCCAGCGAGGCCGGUUUGGCUGCAGAAAGCUGUUCGAUCGGGGAUUUUGAGGCUCCUGGAUUUUUCAACACAGAGUUGAACGAAGACACAAUGUCUGCAGCAAGUGAUUACGCAGCUCAAGACUCCGAAGAGCUUUUGUUUCAAGAAGUGUGUGAGAACAAGCCUGAACUUAGUGUUUUUCAAAAACAGGAUGAGCAACGGGAAAGAAAAGAGAGUUAUGCAGAGGAUAGAGAUAGAAAAUUGUGGAAUCGAGAUAUGAGGAAAGGGGAGAACGAAGAAAAAAGUUUGAAACACGAUAUUGAACACUCACACAUUCAAAGUCUUCUCACUCAACUGCAUCUUUUUCAUCCACCAACUCCUUCCGACAGUCCCACACACUGCAGCGCUGAGGACUCGGCCGAUCACGGCGCUCCGUGUAGUUCACACACUCCAGCGGAGGCAGGGCUGGGGUCUAGGGUCCGGUCAGCAUGUGCCGAGGCUGACACCAGCAUCCCUGAGGCGCUGCUCUUUUCCCAUGAGUAUCAGCAGGAUCUGCUGCAGCUGCUGGAGGAGCCAGAGCCGCUGCUCGUCCACACACCCCUGGUGACCCCAGCACGCCCGCCGGCUCUCAGAAGGCAGAGCAGUGAUGCCGACGAGACGAUCUCCAUGUCUCACAGCGAGGACGCGUGGCACAGACACCUGCAGGACGAGCUGCUGGUCUCCGCCAUCACAGAGGAGCAUCAGUGGGCGGCGUCUGAAGACCGGGCCGUCUCCCCAAACAAUGACAGGGAAGCUGAGACACAGCCAGCUUAUAAGAAUGUGCCUGGACCAUGUGACCCGGAAGACCUCCUGGACGGGGUGAUCUUUGGAGCUAAAUAUCUCGGAUCUACACAAUUACAGUCUGAGAAGAAUCCCUCCACUAACGCCCGGAUGGCCCAAGCACAGGAAGCUAUGGAUCGGAUCAAGGCCCCCGAAGGAGAGUCUCAGCCGAUGACGGAGGUGGAUCUGUUCAUUUCCACACAGAGAAUCAAAGUCCUGAGUGCUGACACACAGGAGGCCAUGAUGGACCAUGCGCUGCAGAUGAUUUCAUACAUCGCAGAUAUUGGGAAUAUUGUAGUUUUGAUGGCCCGCAGGAAGCCGGCCAAUCGCAAAUCAGCGGACUCCGCGGCUACGUCUGCAGCACCACCGAAGAAGUGCUGGAUGAUUUGCCACGUCUUUUCUUCAGAUGAUGCUCAGACCAUUGCACAGGCCAUUGGUCAGGCUUUUGGCGUUGCAUACCAGCAGUUUCUGUACACUAACGGAAUUAAAGCUAGCGAUCUGAGGCCGGGCGAGUACAGCGAUUACCUCGGCACUCAGGAACUUUAUAACGGAGACCUGGUUCACUUUUCUCGCUCUGAAAACAUCAGAGAGGUAUGCAUAUCAAAAAAGGCCGGAGAGAUAUUAGGCGUUGCAGUGGUGGAGUCUGGCUGGGGCUCCAUCUUGCCGACAGUGGUGGUGGCCAACCUUCUCCACGGCGGCCCUGCGGAGCGGUCCGGCGCGCUGAGCAUCGGGGACCGCAUCAUGGCCGUGAACGGCACCAGUCUGGUGGGCCUCCCCAUCGCCACCUGCCAAAGUGUCAUACGGGAUUUAAAGAACCUGUCGAUGAUAAAGCUCAGCAUCGUUCACUGUCCACCGGUCACAAUGGCGAUCAUUAAGCGUCCGGACCCCAAGUACCAGCUGGGCUUCAGCGUGGAGGACGGGAUUAUUUGCAGUUUAAUGCGAGGAGGAAUAGCUGAGCGCGGCGGCAUUCGAGUCGGUCAUCGAAUCAUCGAGAUCAAUGGACAGAGUGUCGUUGCUACGCCUCACGAGAAGAUCAUCCACGUGCUGUCCAGUGCUGUGGGAGAGAUUCAUCUGAAGACGAUGCCAACAUCGACGUACCGUCUCCUGACCGGCCUAGAUCAGCCUGUGUUCCUGUAGGAGCGCACCCCUCG